CCGUGCCUGGAAUGUCCGUAUACGCUCCGGCAACAGGAAGUCCUCGCGGUUGCCAUGUAAUAUCCUGACUGGGCAGGGAGAGCAGCGCCGGCUGCGAGUGUAUGUCGACUGGAAACAAGUCGCGCAAAUUAGCGACUUUUUUUAUUGCGAGGAAGUUUUUUAAAAAAAAAAAGUAAACGGCCGUGUUGAGAGGACAGUCCGCUUCCAAGAUGUCUGUGGCGGGCUUGAGGAAACAAUUUUACAAAGCGAGUCAGAUGGUGAGCGAGAAGGUUGGCGGUGCAGAAGGGACUAAACUGGAUGAAGAAUUUAAAGACAUGGAGAAGAAAGUAGAUGUGACGAGCAAAGCUGUGGUAGAAAUUAUCUCCAAAACCUCAGAGUACCUGCAGCCUAACCCAGCGUCCCGUGCGAAGCUCUCCAUGCUGAACACCAUGUCGAAGAUCCGGGGCCAGGUGAAGAGCCCAGGCUACCCCCAGGCAGAGGGGCUGCUGGGGGAGUGCAUGGCCAAGUUCGGCCGCGAACUCGGAGAAGACACCAACUUUGGUGGGGCUCUCAUCGAUGCAGGGGAGACCAUGAAGAGACUGGCCGAGGUGAAGGACUCGCUUGACAUUGACGUCAAGCAGAACUUCAUAGACCCUCUGCAGAGCUUAUCUGACAAGGACCUCAGGGAGAUCCAGCACCAUCUGAAGAAGCUGGAAGGACGCCGCUUGGACUACGACUAUAAGAAGAAACGUCAGGGGAAGAUUCCAGACGAAGAGGUCCGACAAGCCUUGGAGAAGUUCCAUGAGUCCAAGGAGGCCACAGAGAUAAGCAUGUACAACCUGCUAGAGACUGAUAUCGAGCAGGUGAGCCAGCUGUCCUCGCUGGUGGAGUCGCAGCUGCAUUACCACAGGCAGGCCGUGCAGAUCCUGGAGGAGCUGUCAGACAAACUGAAGGACAGGAUCGACGAGGCGCAGUCCCGCCCCCGCCGGGAGUACACCCCUAAGCCUAGGCCUGUCUGUGACUUCAGAGAUAACGACCAAUCGAAUGGCGGCUUCGCCCCCUCCACCCCAUCGACUCGCUCCUCAGGCUCCCGCUUCCAAUGCCGCCGAUUUUCCUUCCGAAAGACCAGAAACCGUGCAGAGCAGCCUUGUUGUAAGGCCCUGUACGACUUUGAGCCGGAGAACGAGGGCGAGUUGGGCUUCCGUGAGGGCGACAUCAUCACACUCACCAAUCAGAUCGACGAGAACUGGUAUGAGGGCAUGCUGCGGGGUCAAUCCGGAUUCUUCCCACUGAACUACGUGGAGGUGAUCGUUCCUCUGCCUCACUAAAGAGGGCACCAGGAGGAAGAGGGGACUGAGAUUCCACUGAGACCCCAGGGCAUCGCCUUAACCUGUACCUUCUUCAUGGCCACUCUUAAAACACUUAGAUGUACACAAAAUGUCCCCAUUACAUUUCAUAGGAGACACAUCCAGUCUCAUAUCCAUGAGAAUGAGGGAAACACUUAAUUCAAAGUCACUCACGCACUUUUGUGACCCAGGUUUUAAGGGACAUGGUAGGUUCUGUAUCACUGCUGACAGCGACACACCACUGUGGUUACCGGAAGAAGUCUGGUCAAAAUCUAGAAGCCAUUAGAUUUAAUAGUAUUUACAGGACACACAGAAUCAGGAUUGAGAGAUCAGCUCCACUGUGAGAGAUCAGCUCCACUGUGAGAGAUCAGCUCCACUGUGAGAGAUCAGCUCCACUGUGAGAGAUCAGCUCCACUGUGAGAGAUCAGCUCCAAUGUGAGAGAUCAGCUCCACUGUGCUGCAUCUCUGGACAUUACACCAGGCCCCUCUUCCUGCUGGUAAUAAGAUUAACUUUGUGUGCAACACAAGUUAUUUAGAGUAACCUGACUCCUUAAUUUUGGCUAGGCUUCUCCUUUAACCCUUUGCGCUCUCCUGCCAGCCCAUCACGGUAUUUGACAGCAAACCGCAUGAUACUCAAGAAUGCCAUGAGAAAAUAGUUAUGGUGGAUUCAUUACAUGUAAAACCACCUUUGUUCAAGUCUGGGGUCCAUAUUUCCACUUGUGUAUUAGUCCCAGUGUCAUUUCUUUGCAAAAUCUAGUGUUAUAGAACCAUGGUCCUUUUUCGGAAGUCCACAAAGGCCUUUGACUGUGUUUUGUCACACACAGUUUGGGAGAGGGUCUCCUUAGGAGUGUUCAGUCGCUCACACUGCAGGUGUUUAGGAGGUAUGAGCAAUAUCACUCAAGAACACUAGGCCUAUUGGAUAGACUACGUACAAGCUCUUAAUUAUAUAUCCCCCCCCCACACACUCAGGUCGAACCCUUUGAGCUGUUAAGGUUCUUCUUGAAAGUGCAGUAAGACACCCUUCCCCAUCUUAGGCUGCCUGCCCUGCGUCUGGCGUUUCCCGGCAGGGUAUCACCAUAGCCAGCCUAAGAACGGAACCCGACGGAUGCGAGAAUGCCUUCCGUGUUGCCGUCUUCAUGUGUCUGUCUCUAACACUUUGUGUUUUCUGCUUUGCGUGGCUUUUCCGUGUUCUGCUGCUGAUAGCUCGCUCGUCAGCAUUCGCGUGGGGGUUACUGAGCUCCUGUUGUGAGAGGACCCCUUCCCGUCUGCCCAGCGGUCGACUUCUGGCCGGCCGCACUCGGCUCUGAGCCCCGUCAUCAUCGCCGUGGGCCGGGUUGCGGUCCUCGGUGGGGGGUGAAUGCACAAUGUCUGUGCUUGGGUGGGAACCACCCCCCACCCCUGGUCAGAUUAUGGCCGCACCUACACGUCUGUCCUAAAUCCUCUGUCAUCGUCUUUCUCCUCUGCCCCCCCCCCCCCACGCUGUGCUAAUGUGUGACUUAACACACAGCAUGUUUAUUUAAAAAGGAAACGUUUACAUUGUAAUUUUUAGCUUUAUUUUAAAAAUGUGUUUAUCGUGAGGUGAGGUGACUGCCUUUCAGCACAGAGCACCCAACCCCCAGCCCUCCCCCUGCCUGCCAGUGGGACAGGCCACUGUAUUGUUUAUUUCCCUUCUUUUAAAGCAACCUUUGAAGGCUAAUCCCAUGAAACAGUGUAUCAGUGACACAUACGUGCAUGGGUGCAGCUGCAGCGUGUCAAAGCAUGCAGAGAAAUGCAUGCGGGUUUACUAAAAUGUACAAGCUUUUUUUUCCCCCUUUCUAAUCCAAUCAUAGGCCCGGUAUUUUAGAAAAAAAAUAAUAAUCUGCUAUUCCAUAGUAUUAUUUUAAUAUCAAAUAAUGCAAAAAAAAAAACAUACGUUUUAUAUAAAUUUAUCAGACUGCAUGAAGCUUUAUACUCUUGCUUAUUGUAAAAGAUACUUUAAGGGGAAAUCUACUUUUAUUGUAGGUUUUGCUAAGAAUUAAUGCAACACUAAAUAGCAAUGUUCUGUUGUGUAUUAUCUUAAUUUUUUGUAUUUGCAUCUGAUGGGUUUCUGUCUUUAAAUAAAUAUCAGUUUAAAAUGUGA